AUGCACAACGGCAAUUCACCAAUUGGCGUAUGGAACGACAGCCGAUGCAUUGCGUGGGAUGAGGAUUUAAAGAUGUCCGAAAGAACUGCACAAGAAUACUUAAUGCUCGGAAGCAUUGAUUGCAUGCACUGGGCGUGGCGACAUUGCCCUAAUGCAUGGCGAGGUCAAUUUACGCGAGGUGAUCAUAGACAUCCAACAAUAAUGCUGGAGGCAGUUGCGUCACGAGAUCUGUGGAUUUGGCAUGCUUUCUUCAGUGUUCCUGGUUCAAAUAACGGCAUUAACGUCAUCCACCAAUCAGAGGUCUUCAACAACGUUAUACACGGAACUGGUCUAGACACUAGUUUUAUGGUUUCGGGGGUUGAAUACAGGCGCGGUUAUUAUCUUGCUGAUGGACCAUACCCAUCCUACGCUACAACCAUUAAAACUAUUCACCACCCGACAGACGAAAAAGAAAGAAAUUUGCCAAGUUUCAAGAGGCGGCGAGAAAGAACAUUGGACGGUGUUUUGGGGUUCUACAGAAAAAUGGCAUAUUGA